AUGAUUGGUCAACAGAAAAAUAAUAAAACUCUGCAUCACCAAAACUACCAUUUAAUAGAAAAACCUGUAAUCAUUUUUGAAAUUCAGAUGCAUUUCAGAAUUAUCUUGGAAUAUUUUGAAGAAUACAAAUGUCCAGGUAUUGCUUUUUCUCUCCAGACCUCCAGAUAUGUUUCUAAUGAGCAGCCAUGUUUAAAAACAAAUGGACUAUAUGAUGAUCUUUUACUUUUAUCUAAGUUUUUUUCACUUUUUUCUGUUUCACAUUCAGGGCUCCUAUUUUAUUUAGUUUAUGUUUUCCAAUUUCUCCAUCUCUCUUUAAUGUUCUUUCUCAGGACUUUAAAUCAAAUGUAG